GGGUGGGGCAGGGCCGGGGGCGAGGGGGUGUGGGGCCAUGGCGGGCCGCGGGUCCGCGUCCUCGGAGCACCUGGAGCGGCUGCAUGAGAUCUUCCGCGGGCUGCACGGAGACCUGCGCGGCGUCCCCGAGCGGCUGCGGGGCAGCGCUGCCGAGGAGAAGAAAAAACUGGUUCGAGAAUUCGAUGAGAAGCAGCGUGAAGCCAAUGAGACGCUGCGGGAAAUGGAGGAAGAACUGAAGUACGCUCCUGUGCCUUUCCGUAACCAAAUGAUGAGCAAAAUCCGAGCGUACAGAAGAGACCUGUCCAUGUUCCAGAGAGAGAUGAGAAGCACAGAUUUGGGACUGGGCCGUGGAAGCCAAGGCGAUACAAAAUAUGGGAUCUUCGCCACAGAAAAUGAACAGAGUACUCACCUGCAGUCACAGAGGGCGCUGCUUCUCCAGGGCACAGACAGUCUGAACCGAGCCAGUGAGAGCAUCGAGCGCUCGCACCGAAUCGCUGCUGAAACCGAUCAGAUUGGCACGGAUAUCAUCGAGGAGCUCGGGGAGCAGCGGGAGCAGCUGGAACGCACCAAGAGCAGGUUGGUGAAUACAAGUGAGAACUUGAGCAAGAGUCGCAAGAUUCUACGCGCGAUGUCCCGCAGAGUGACCACGAAUAAGUUGUUACUGUCGAUUAUCAUCAUCCUGGAACUGGCCAUCCUAGGAGGUGUGGUCUACUACAAGUUCUUUCGCAAGUGAUGAACCUUCGUGACCAAGACAAGCUUUUCCACUGAUGAGGAACAGGAUGGGCUGUCUGCUCCCUUUGACUGUCUGCGGGUUGAACUGAGUCAUGAGACAGCACAUUCAACUGAAACUGUACUGACACUCGAAAGACAAAGAAUGGGAGUAAAAAGAAACAGGCUUGAACUACUAGUAAGAUGAAUAAGAAGGUAAUAAAUAUUUUAUUGUCUCAUUUUGUAUAUACUUAACUAAAUGAAUAAAUCUUGGUAUGUAAUAAAGUAGCCACUGAUCAAUGGAAAA